UGUCUCUGUGCAUAAUAUAGCGGCGAAAAAAAGCAUCAAUUGAAAAAAUAUUCGAAUCAUUGAAUUGAAUCGAAAUAAACCUUGAAUAGAAAAAAAAACAGAAAAGAAACCACGUUUAGUUUGAUGCGGACAAAUUUUUUUUAAUAUAUCGGUUUCAAAUGAAUAAAUUUUUUUGUUGAUUUUUUGUGACGGACCAAAAAAAAAGAAUACAUUUUUUUCAAAAAAGUUAUGAUAACCUGCAUAUUGUGUUUCAACAAACAGAAAAAAACCUUUAUUUCAUGUUUCAUUAAUCUGUUGAACGAGUGAAAAAAUAAAUCAUCAAACAAAGUGUUAACAAUGGAACAAUCAUUGCCUUCCGUAAAGACAUCCGUCGAUAAUCCACCCAUAAAUGGUCGACCAAAAUUACAGACAUUAAAAGUGCCUACAAUAAAUGAUUCAAAUUAUGAUUUACAACAACAACAAUAUUCUAUAUCACCAUCAUCACCAACAUAUAAAUCACCUAUGAAUGGAAUUCCCGAUAUGAAUAUUAUGGUUAGCGGACAAAGUUUUAAUAACGAUUUGGAACAACAAUAUAGAUUAUCAUCGGCUGAUGAUGAUUCGCCUAUUGAUGGUGGUUUUGGUUGGGUUGUAGUAUUUGCAUCGUUUAUGUGCAAUGUUAUUGUUGAUGGUAUAAUUUUUUCAUUCGGUAUUCUAUUGCCAGAAAUUUCGGCUGAAUUUAAUGAAACUAAAGCAACUACUGCAUGGAUAGGUUCAUUACAGACUGGUUUAUAUUUGAUUGUCGGUAAUGAAGAAAAAAAAAAUGAAAUUUUGUCUAAACUAACGAAUCAUAAUGAUUGUUUUUGUUUUCCAAUAUAUCUAAUAGGACCACUUGUCAGUGCAUUAGCAAUACGAUAUGAUUGUCGUAAAAUUACGGCAGUCGGUAGUGUAUUGGCCGCAAUCGGUUUUGUUUUGUCAUAUUUUUGUACCAAUGUUAUUACACUUUAUUUAACGUUUGGUGUGCUUGGAGGUAUUGGUUUUGGAUUUGUUUUCUUGCCAGCAAUCGUAACCGUUGGUUAUUAUUUUGAAAAGAAACGUGCAUUUGCUACAGGAAUCGCUGUUUGUGGUUCAGGUAUUGGAAUGUUUAUCAUGGCACCAAUUAUGCAUUUUCUUGUCGAACAAUAUGGCUGGCGUGUAAGCGUAUUGAUUUUGGCUGUAAUAACAUUGUUUUGUGCAGUUUUUGGUUCAUUUUUUCGGCCAAUCAAAUAUGAUCCAAGAACGGAUGAAGAAAUACCAGCACCAGGAGCCAUACAACCAAAACCAUUACUGAUGCGAAUCAAAGAAGCACGUGCUGCUGCUUGGGCUAGAUCCGAAGAAGAACUAAGCGAAGAAUCACCAACCAGUAGUCAGAAUAGUGCACCACCUCCUUAUUCGGAAGUUUUAGAAGUAGUAAGGACGCCUACUGAAGAUAGAAUGGUUUCAUUUUCGAAAAAUAGCCUAUUUCAAACAUCAAUCGAAAAUCGUAAACGUACAAGAAGUACAAUAGAAACAAUUGGAUCACGUAAUAAUCUUCAAACAGUAAAAAAAAUUCCCACACCUCGAGAUGAAAUGCUUUACAGUAAUUUAAGUCUUGUGGUUAUACCUCAAAGUCGUUCAUAUGCUAAUCUUCGUUCACAAUCAAUGGGAACUAUAGCUAAAAGUGGUGAAAUAGAUGUACCAAGUUUUUGUUCAGGUUUUGAUUUAUCGUUAUUGAAAAAGCCAUCAUUUGUUUUAUUGGCAUUAAGUGGAUUUCUUUGUCUGGUUGGAUUUUUCAUACCUUUCAUCUAUCUUAGUGACAGAGCUAAACUUUUGGGUUGUUCACCCGAUAAAUGUGCAUUCAUAUUAUCGAUUAUUGGCAUAGCCAACACAUUCGGACGUGUAAUGUGUGGAUGGGCAGCAGAUUCACGUGUAAAUGCAUUACUUUUAAACAAUAUUGCAUUGACUGUUGGUGGAAUUGCUACCUUUAUUUCACCGAUUGUAUUCAAUUCAUAUUAUUCUUUAAUAUUUUAUGGUUCAAUUUUUGGCGUUUCUGUUGCAUCAUUUGCUACUUUACGUUCUGUGAUAACAGCCGAACUUUUAGGUCUAGAAAAAUUGACCAGUGCAUUUGGAUUAUUAUUGUUAUUUCAAGGUUUAGCCGUUACUAUUGGCUCACCAAUUGCAGGAUGGUUUUUUGAUAUUACCGGAUCAUAUGAUUAUUCAUUUUAUUUAUCAGGAUCGGCUAUUGCAUUAUCCGGUGUUAUGUGUUAUCCAUUGAAUGCAAUUGCUGCAUGGGAGAAAAGAUUUUUUGAUGAAAAAGAACAAUCAACAAAUGAUAAUCAAUCAACAAACAAAGAUGAUAAAUUUUGAUUCUGAAGAAAGAAAGAAAAAAAUAU